AUGUCCACAAACAAAGUGCCGGUAACUGUCAGCUAUCGGAAACGGGGCCUUGCACCUCCCGUGUCGGUUGCUGGCACAUUCUCCGAUCCGCAGUGGGAGCCGCAAGAGAUGCAUGGCGUCAUUGACGAAUCUGGGGAGCACCACUUUACCAUUCAGAUUCCCGUCGAAGCCGGGAAGGAGUAUUACUACAAGUUUAAAGUUGGCAACCAAGACGGUUGGGUCCUAGAUGAACAUGCUACCGUCGUCCACGAUGACAAUGGAAAGCCUCGUAAUCUUCUCAAAGUCCCUGUAACAAGCAAUACCACGGACAGAGCCCAUACACCGCUCGUCGAAGCCACCGAACGGCAGGAUGAUGGCCCCGUAGCACCGGGCCAGCAUACCAUCAUGGCCUCGGGCCCCAAGUCGCUGCUGCCCAAUGUGUUCCGAGACAAGCAGCUGAAUGAGGCUGAGCAAAGAUCCAGAACUCCCAUCAAGCAAGUUGCCGAAGUUGCUGCAGAAGUUGCCGAUACGGCAGCAAAAUUAGACAAGCUUGACACGACGGUACCAUCACCCAUCCCCAUCAGGGGACGUGCGGACAGCGACAUGCCGGUGGAGGAGGAAAUUGCCACACCUUUAUUCGCUCAUGAAUCCUUGGGAGCGUACGAAUUUGUUGACGACGGCCUCGACCACGAAUUCUUUGGGAAGAACCCGAAAUCGCCCAAUUCGAUGCCGUCAGACAGUGGUUGUAGUCUGGGGGACGUAGACAUGGACGAUCCCACGCUAGAGAAGUUUCCUUCCGAUAGGUCAUCGGUGAUUGAUACCUUGCGGAAGAUCCAAUCCAGUACGGACGAGGGACGAUCGAGCAUGGAAGACGGACAACAUUCGACUCCAGCAACGUCGAGGAGAACAAGCGUCGACUCAUCCGACGGCAAUGGCGGACAAUUAAGCCCGAUAUCGAUGAGAAAACGAGACAACAGGACGUCUAGAAGUAGCUUUGGCCGUCCAAUAUCUGCAGUCUCAUUAAGCUGCAUUGACGAGGAACCCAAGGCUUCGGGUGAUGUACGUUUUGGCACAAAGUACGAGGGUGACGGGAGCACAACCGAUGAGGACAGUGGCCUAGUGAUGAAAGCUGGCAAAGUAUGA